CAGACGGUCGCAAGAGGACAAAGGCGCGCCUCUUCUCGACGCUCCGUCUGCUCCCGGCUAUGCAAGAACAGGUUUCCGUUCCAGGUGCAUAUUUACCUCAAUAUGGCGCUAACGUGACCAGCUAUCGGCCGAGAUUCGUUGAGAACGGACCCUUUGCUCCAUCCCAGGCUGGUAUUUCCAUGCCAACAACAAGGCCAAACAUUCGAGCCUCGUAUCAAUAUCCCGGAUAUAAACACAGUCGUAAUCCGGUGUUUAGAGACUUCAAUCAGAGACAAGUUGGACCUGGACAGCAAAUGAUGGCUGGAUUCUCAAGGAUGUCACUGGCUAGUGGUGGGAAACAAGAUGGUGGAAUGCUUGGUCAAGAAUUUGUGUAUGCAUCUCCAGCACCUUCAUACCCAAGUGAUCAGUUUGCUGGUGGGCUAUCACAUUUUAUGGUACCUGGUCACAAUCACCCAAGGCCGCAAGGUGGUGUUGGAGGCAGUAACUCAGGCCAAAGAGUGGAAUAUUCGGCAACAGCACAGGAAUAUAUUGGAGGAACUACAUUCUUUUAUCCACAAGGCUCACAAGCGGUUCCUGUGUUUGCUGACAGCAACUCUUUCAUGGGUCCUCCAUCUCAUGUUGGUCAGUUCCAUUCAACUACUGCAGGAUAUAACACAGCAGCAGGCAUAAGACAGGAUUUGAUUUUUCGUCAGUUGGCAAGCCAAAUGUAUCUACCACCGGAAGACUCAAGAUGUCCUCAGAAUAUAGAACGAUAUUUUGCAGUAUGUCCAUUGGAACCCAUCGAUGCCUCCUCAGAGAUGAAUCCUGGAAGUUUGGGUUUUACUACAACAUGUUACAAAGCUGUCAACAGUAAAGACAAUCUGGUCUACAUGCUAAGAAGAGUUCACGGUUAUCGCUUAUCUGGUGCCAAAACUCCUCACUUGAUUGAUCAAUGGAAGAAACUGAAUAUUUCUGGUGUGGCUACUCUAAGGGAAGUUUUUCAAACAAAGACAUUUAAAGACCACUCUGCAGUAUUUGUUUAUGACUACCAUGCUGGUUCUGAAACUUUGAUGUCACGUCACUUCUCUUCAGUGCAGCCUGCAUCACCGCAUAAACAGAGACCAUCAAAUCCUGUGCCUGGAGGCACUGGCAUAAGCAGCAACCCGUAUGGUCCACGAACAGGGCAUACCAAUUUGUACAGUUCAGGGCAGAGUCUUAUUCCUGAGGCUCUGUUGUGGUCAUAUAUUGUGCAGUUGACAGGUACACUGAGGAAUAUACACGAUGCUGGUCUUGCAGCUCGAGUACUAUUUCCAAACAAAAUUCUCAUCAGUGGCCAAUCACGACUUCGGCUGAGUUGUGUUGGUCUUCUGGAUAUUGUUGAGUAUGAAAAUGGUGCUAACAAUUCAGCGACUGUGGCUCGACAUCAGCAGGAUGAUUUGUUAUCUCUGGGCAGGAUUCUGCUGGCAUUGGCUUGUAACAGCUCUUUGGUAGCGAUACAGAGAGAGAAUGUGCAGAAGGCUCUAGAGACUGUUGCAAUGAAUUAUUCCAGUGAUGUGAAGAAUUUAAUUCUCUAUUUACUGGGCGGUCAGCAGCAUGUUCGAUCUAUUAAUGAAGUCAUGCCAAUGAUUGGGGCUCGGUUCUAUACGCAAGUUGAGAAUUGCUUGAUGCAUAAUGAUCUUUUGGAGAAUGAACUUACCAAGGAGCUAGAGAAUGGCCGUCUGUUUAAGUUGCUUGCCAAGCUUGGAGUUAUCAAUGAAAGGCCACAGUUUGGUUUAGAUCAUUCAUGGUCUGAAACUGGAGAUCGCUAUCUGCUCAAACUCUUUCGGGACUACUUGUUUCACCAAGUGACAGACAGUGGUGCUCCAUGGCUUGAUUUGAGUCAUAUUGUCCAAACCUUGAACAAGCUGGAUGCUAGUUCACCUGAGCGCCUUUGCCUUAUGUCAAGAGAUGAGCAGUCUGUGAUGGUUGUGUCAUAUCAACAUUUGAAUAACUGUCUUUCGUCGUCAUUCACUGAACUUCAGCAAGCUUGCAAUUCAGAUGUCCAGUUUGCAUCAGAGCUGUCCAGUUAGUUGGCAAUGACUGGUCUAGAUUUAUCUGAAAUAUGAACUUGAUUCAUGGUAUUUGUUAAUUAAAAUUUAGCAACUAUUUUACAGGUAGACGUUAUGGAGUGCUAUUCUUUUAGUUAGGUGAAAAGGCAGUGCAGCUGUCACAAAUUUACGUGCUCAAUAAAAAGAGUAAAUUAUACCUUCAUGAAACAUCUACAAAUUACCAAGUCA